AUGACCCAGACAUCGUGCUCAGACCCGGCCAGUCUCGGGUUUCAAGCUUCCACCUACAACUACAACAAGAUCUUCGAAUCUCAGCCGCCAGACGAAGAUCUCCUCCUUCCAGAUUUCAUGCGUAAUGAUAGAUCGACGUGGUCAGGAUCGGUUCAGAGCAUGGACUACUACAGCCCAUACCAGGCUACACCGCUGGCCACAAACCUUGGGGCAACUCAUCAAGUACCGCGAUGGGCUAAAGACACUAUCAGUGGCUACAAUACCGUCGAGGGGGCCAAGAGCCACCCAAAGCGUGGAAAUAGAAAGCUGCGUGAUGCCGGAAUUAACACUGAAGGCAUCAACAGAGGCGAUCCUCAAAGUCAGCCACGCAUGAAGAACCAGAAGCCCCUCGCACGGAAGCAGCUAUAG